AUGAUCUUUGGAAUUUUUGGACCGCCAAAAAUUUUGCAUUCCGAUAAUGGUAGAGAAUUUGUCAACAAAUGGAUCGAUGAGUUGGUCAAUGUGUGGGGCCACUGCAAAGUUGUUCGUGGACAACCUCGUCAUUCUCAAUCACAAGGAAGUGUGGAACGAGCUAACGCCGACAUCGAGAACAUCUUGUGCACAUACCAGCGGGACCGGAAUACUUCAAAAUGGGCAGAAUUUCUUCCGAUGAUUCAAUUAAUAAAAAAUCGACGUUAUCAUCAUGGAAUCAAAAGGUCGCCAUUCGCCGCUAUGUUUGGAAAGAAUUACGACGAUGCGAAUGAAGUGUUGCUUUUGAGAAUCCAGACAGCCUUGAGUAACGGAUCAAUUACACAAGAAUUUGAUUUCGCUAACCAUGAUAGAACAAUAGCUUUUGAGCGGGAAGGCGCCAGAGCCGGUCAAGAAAAACAAGAUUUCAUCCUG